CGAACAUCACUAACCAAUAUCACCAGACAACCCCAAACAGAUACUGACAGUUUGAAAACUAACAACUGUGGAAUCUUUAGUGCAGUCAAAUUCACAAACCACGUGAUUUUAUAUUCCGUUUCUAAAGAUAUUUACAUUUCUUAUCAAAAUAUUCCAUUUUCCUGUUGAAGAUUUGUUAUCUAGUAGAGUAUGAGUGAUGAGGCUGGGGUAAUCCUAGACAGUCGUCAUCACUUUCGGCCGAGCGCUCGGCACAACACGGAAAAUGCAUUGGAAGACAAUACUAUAACAUUAAGGAUGUAGUCGUGUGACUGAAAACUUUUCUAUUCUAUCAGCGGACCAAUUGUUUUAUAUAUUAUGUAUCGUAGCCGAUUAAAUUAUCCAAGGGAUACUUUAAGGAAAACUGUUCAUUAAAGGAAUACAAAAAUGAGACGAGAAAGAACGCCUUCGUUCGAUAGAGGAUACGGAAGUCUAAGUAGCAGUCGGAGUCACGGAUCGCUUUACGAUAACGUAGGAACGAGUUAUGCUUCAAAAUACGGUGGAACAGGAAAAACUAGUAGUUAUUUAACACCCUCAUACGGAUCAUCCCCUCCUAAAUCAUAUACACCAACUUCUAGUUCUAGAGAUAAAUCAUACAGUCAAGGUCAAAGAGACAAGGCCUAUACUCCAACUAAUAGAUACUCAGGAUAUAGCGUCGGAAGUGGCAUUGGUGUGAGGGACCGAAUACAAAAAUUUGCCGGAGGCGAAAGCCGAGGGAACAAAGAAAUGUAUACACCUCUACAUAGUGUAAGAGGAACCUCCCAAUCAAGAGACGUUCCCGGUUAUGACAAAUAUUCAACAAGAACUACAAGUUCAGACCCUUAUGCCAAUCGAUCCGGUUAUUUAUCAGACUACGGUGGAAGCAAUCGUUCUUUAGCAUCUUACGACAGAGGAUCUUCCCGUUCAGGUCGGAGCUACGGAGGACCUCCAAGUAGGGAGAGUUCUCCGAUAAGUAGUAGAUCAUCACGUUACGGGGACUAUACCAGUGCAUCACCAUAUUCUACAUACGAAAGUUCACCUUCAGUGUCACGUCGAUUCGACCGACAACAAUCUGUCGAUUAUUCCCCAAGGCGGGAACCAGAUGAAUCUCAUAGAAGAAGAGAUUCUAUCAACGAACAUAUAAAGCCUCCUCCUCCUCCCUCAAAACGAAGGGAGAAAAUAACUUCAGACGAAACUGAUACUGAUGAUAGCGCACCUGAGGCUGAAAAAGACGGCUCGAAAGGCCGAUUUAAGAUAUCCAGAGGUACCUCUCCUAUGCACGAGGGCGAAACCCCUAGAAGAGAACAAAAAAAGAAUAAAAUAAGAGACAGAAAAGCUAUUGCCAGAACAAAAAGAAUACGAAAUACUACAAGAGAAAUAAGACGAGAAAACAUUUACAAAGAAUUCAAAGAAAUGGCCGACGCAUCGGUACAAACAAACGACGUAGCACCAAGAAGGCGAGGUCGACGCCAGGUCAGUGAAAGCGAUGACAUGAGAGAUAAAGCAGCUCUUGCAGCAAUGGCUAUGAUGGAAGAAUCAGGUGGGGCAAAUGGUCCGAAUGAUUCUUUUUAUAAAACUCGAGAUAAAUUUAACGAUCCUUCUGUUCCUGCCUCUCCUGGUUAUACCUCAUCUGAUCCUAAUACCAAGCGUUUCUCUCACAGAGACAAAAAUGAAUCCUUGCAUGACGUUCCAGGAGAAAAAUCUUGGAGACAAUCUGUUUAUGGUGAUGAAGCAGAAGAAAAACGAGGUAGACCAAAUCCGCGCACAAGUACACCAAUGUCUGCAACAGAAAAACGAUCAAGCAGAAACUCGCAGAUAUCUGACCGCGAGUCGAGACCAGAUUACAAUAGAUCUUCAUCCAGAGAAAGCAUUUUGGAUGAUAACCAAAGUAGGCGCAGGCGCACUAACAGCAGAGAAAUAUUGGAUGUACCUGGAGUUCAUGACGAACAACCUCCGCCAUUACCUCCAAGACGCUUACGAAGUAGGGAAAUGCUUGAUGCGCCCGACCCUGAGGCACCUCUUACACCAGAAACUAUAUCAUUGAGAGACAGUAUUGCUAAAGUUCACGAGUGGAAACAACAGCUUCCAGAACCCGAUUCUUAUUAUGGUGACCGUCUAACAGCUAAACCAUUGAAAGGAAGACGGUUAGAUGGAAAGGCUCCAAGUGACCAUUCUGAAGAGUAUUUUUCUGCCCAAGAUUAUCCUCCGCCUCCGCCUCAUAAAACAAGCAGAGAUGUUUCACCAGAUAGAGGGCGCACUGGCCGUGAACAGCGCCAAUCUGGGGGUUAUUACCGAACUGACUCACGUGCAGACUCCGUUCGAUCAACAAGAGAGAAUUCACCUUCUUAUUCACGUGAUACGUCGCCAAAUAGGCUAAGGUCACGUCAAAGACGAAAUCUUAGCCGAGAACACUCAAUUGAUAAUGUGUUUGAUGAUGAUCCAAGACUUCCAAACAAAGAUUUCCGUAAAUCUGCGCUCAACAAAUCUGAAUCUAAUUAUUUCGAAAAAGGCGAUCCGGACGGUGUACGGUAUCGCAAUCAAGAUGGCGUUCCAAUGAAGGGUAAUCGAAAAUCAGGAAGUUCUUCCGAUGCAUUUUCUAGGGACGAUUCUCCAAACAGAGCAAGGAGGAUGAGAAGGGAAGGGUCCAGAGAAGAUAUAAUUGACGACAGACGUCCGGGCCAUACCAGUGAUAGCUCAAAUUUCGGUUUUAAUAGAGAAGGUUCGCCCAAUAGGAAUCAAGCCAGACGUGUUCGAAGCAGACAAAAUUCCCGAGAAGACAUGCUGGACGACAGAAAACAUUCAAGGCCUAAUUCUAGAGAAGGUAUGAUAGAUGAUCGUAGGUCAAAUAUGUCAAGUAGAUCAAAUAGUCGCCAUAACUCUCGCGAAGAUGUUUUAGAUGAUAGGGGCAAACGAUUUUCUGCGAGAGAUAGACCUCAUAGUCUUGCAGUAUCAAACGAAAGUCUCGCACACUUAAGUAAUGAAGGAUCCCUUCGUUCUAUAAAUUCAGUCGUAACUGAUGACGGCACUGUUAAAAAAUCACCAUCGUCUGCAUUUUCCAACGAAAAUCAGGCACUGCCGGACAUUGUGAAUGGCGGGAAACUGUCUCCCAGAAAAGACAAAAGUGGUUACAUAAACCAAAAGCAAGACAUAGAUCACGUGUUAGAUGAAGUUCAUGGAGCACCAUCCGAUUUAUCCCGCCGUAUCGGAAGUCGUGGACCAAGGCCAUCGUCUGCUGAUGGAUAUUAUAUGGAUAGUAAGAAUAUUGAUGAAGUUUUGAAUAGGAGGUCACAAAAUCUGAUGGAUACACCUGUACCUAAAAUCCCAACCCCCUUAAAGCCAUCUCCUAAUAUCCUAGAAGAGAAGUUGGUUGAUAUUGAUUCACCAAUCAUCCCCAAGAAGGCCACCAUCGUCAAUGCUCCACCAAAUAGAGGCUCAGAUGCCAGGAUGAGACGAACGAUUUCUGAGACUGGGCAGCUGAUGUGGGAUACCCUAAAGAAGAACAAGGGAUCAGUAACGAUAACAGAUAUCUUACGGCUGUGUGAGAAACCAACUUCAAAAGUGAUACGUGUACCAGGGGUAACAGAAGGAUUCAGCGAUGUCAACUUUAAAGGUUUCCCUAACGCCAAUGAAAUGUUGGAAAACAGUGGAGUCGAUGUUAAAAAGCUUGAAGACUGUGCAUUACAGAUUUACCGCUAUCACAAUGGAACUCAGGGAGAUUAUGGAACUUAUUUAGAUCUUGAAACUAAUUUAGAUGAACAAGGAGAAGAGUUAGAAGGAUUUCAAGACCACAAAAAACAAAGUGAAGAAAGAAGGAAGAAUGCUUUGAUUUUACGAACACAGCUUACAGUAAGAGUACAUGCAGUUAUAGAAAAACUACUAAAUUCCCAUGGCAGAGAACUUAGAAGAGCAUUAUUUUCACUCAAACAGAUAUUUCAGGAUGAUAAAGAUUUGGUUCAUGAGUUUGUUAACAAUGAUGGACUGGACUGUCUCAUUAAAGUUGGAUCUGAGGCGGACCAGAAUUAUCAGAACUACAUACUUCGUGCCUUGGGUCAAGUGAUGCUGUAUGUGGAUGGUAUGAAUGGAGUUAUAAACCAUAACGAGACCAUACAGUGGCUUUAUUCACUUUUAUCCUCAAAGUUUCGUUUGGUGGUGAAGACUUCACUGAAGUUAUUACUGGUAUUUGUUGAGUACACAGAGACUAACACGAUGUUACUUCUCCAAGCCAUUAACUCUGUAGAUAAACGUAGAGGUUUGAGUGCUUGGACCAACAUUAUGAGUAUUUUAGAUGAAAAAGAUGGAGGUGACACAGAGCUACUUAUAUACUCCAUGACAUUAGUUAACAAGGUUUUGAGUGCUAUCCCAGACCAGGACACAUUUUAUGAUGUGACAGAUGCAUUAGAAGAGUUAGAAAUGGAGCGUGUUACACAACGACAUAUAAUGAGGAACGGAGCAGACUUAGAUCUGAUUGGUCAGUUUCAGUUAUAUGAAUCUGCACUUAAACACGAAGAUCAGGUGGAAGAAGAAGAGGAAGUACAGGGAGAACAUCUCAGACGUACUCCACGGACUAAGAGUGAUGCAGAUGGUGUCAGGAAGAGCAGACGUUAUUCUACAGGAAUUCAACAAAAGAAAUUACAGGGAAAGAAUAGAAGUGUUCCUUCAUUGUUGACAUUACAAGACGAGAAGAAACCAGCAGCAGAACGCUAUGCUGAACUCAGAAAUCAAUCUAUACAGAAUGCCUCAUUACCACCAGAAAAUAUCCAGGAUCAAAUGCCUGAUCCUAACAGAAAAAGACGUACAAGGUUAGAUGAAAUGAUCCAAGAUGUGGAGCCCCCAGACAAAGUGGCAGAAAUGCCCAAAAAUAUCCAAUGUAAUGGUACUGCAGAACUUAGUCCUAAGUCACAAAAUAGUUCUGAUGGAGAAAAGACAGAUUUAGGUUUGAUUGAUGAAAGUAUGAAAGAGGAUGAUGAUCUUCUUUCUCUGGCAGAAAGUAAGGCGGAUGAUUUAGUUUCGCUAUUAGACAGUAGAGACAAUGAUUUAGUUUCUACAGCAGAAAGUAGAGACGAUUUAUUAUCGAUAGCCGAAAGUAGAGACGAUUUAUUUUCGGUCGACGAAAAUAAGGAAGAUGAUGUGUUUUCGGUUGAAGAGAGUGCUAAGGAUGAGGAUGGCAAAUCGUCUCCCUUUGAUUCCAGUGAUGAUGGAAGACAGAAGUCUCAUGGGUACUCAAUAAAUAAACAAAAUGACAUUGAAAUGCGUAAUAAUAAAUAUAACGAAUCUCAGAACGCUUUGGAACAAAAUAAUAAUGAACUUAGUCCUAACAGUAGUAAUAGUCGAUGGUUACAAUAUAUGCAAAAAACUAAAGAGGAAGAAGAUAAAGUGAAGGAACGAGAAUUAACAGAAAAAAUACAAUCACAACAACAUCCUGAUGUGGACGUCCUUAAAAAUCGGGGGGAGAGUGUGUCAAAUCUUAAAGAUGCUUUAUCACAAAACAAUGGUGGAAUUCCUAUGAUGAAACCUCAAGAAAAUUAUGAUGACAAUAAAAUACAGUCAAAUAUCGAUAGAUUUCAACAGAAACCUGAAAUUCAAAAUGGUAGAGAAAAGCAAGCACCGAAAGGUGAUCUAAGUGGACUUAUAUCUAAAGCUAAGGAGGGACUAGUUGUAAAACCUAAUGAACCUCCUAAACCUAAACCAGCAACUCCCGAAAUUGUUUUAACAGAAAGUGAUUUACAAUGGGACAAACUUAAGAAAAGAUUACAUCGGCCAUUAAAAAUAAAAGACUUAGAUUUUACUGAUUUAUGUGACGAUGAAGAUAUAGACGUUUUUGCUCCCGUGCCAUUUGCAGGAGGGCCUCUUGGGAUAGGUGGAAUACCCCCUCCGCCACCACCCUUUGGUAUAGGUGGUCCCCCUCCACCUCCUCCUCCCCCUGGAAUGGGAAUCCCUCCACCCCCAGGACUUCCAGGAGGAAUUCCCCCACCACCUCCAAUGUUUGGUGGAGGACCACAAAAUAAUGUAGAUUCAAAUUUGCCUCCUGCACCUGGGUCAACAUUAAAAAAGAAAAAGAAGACAUUAAAACUUCAUUGGAGAGAAGUGAAAACAGAACAGCCCCACCCUGUAACUAAGGGAGAAACUGUAUGGAAGGACCUUAUUGAUGUUAAAGUGGACCCUGAUAAACUGGAGCACUUGUUUGAGACUCGAAUGAGUGAAAUCAAACAAAAGAAAGCUGAAGCAGCUGGUAAGAAAGAAAUCAAUGUCCUUGACCCCAAAAGGUCAAAUGCCAUUAACAUUGGUUUAACAGUACUACCUCCACCCAGGACCAUCAAAGCUGGAAUCUUAAAGAUGGACAACUCCAUAAUGAACAAAGAGGGUAUCGAGAAAAUCUUAACAUCUAUGAUUCCAACAGAAGAAGAAAAGGGGAAGAUAUUAGAAGCUCAGAUGGCUAAUCCAGACAUACCCCUUGGAACAGCUGAACAGUUUCUUCUUACAUUGUCAUCUAUUAGUGAACUACAGGCUAGACUGUCUCUCUGGUUAUUUAAAUUAGAUUAUGAAGUUAUAGAAUCAGAAGUUGCUGAGCCACUGUCUGACCUGAAGAAAGGAAUAGAUGAACUGCGGAAAAAUAAAACAUUUAAAUGUAUUUUAUCAGUUGUAUUAACCAUUGGAAACUUUUUAAAUGGAGCCUCAGCACGAGGUUUCAGUAUUGAUUAUUUAACCAAAAUACCUGAAGUUAAAGACACUGUACAUAAACAUUCAUUACUUCAUCAUUUGUGUAGCAUCAUUAACGAACAAUUCCCUGACACGACAGAUUUAUAUUCAGAUAUUGGAACAUUAGCUAGAUGUUCACGGGUUGAUUGGGACGAACUUGCUAAUAAACUGAACCGAUUAGAAUCAGAUUGUAAAGCCUCAUGGGAUCAUUUACGUGCAAUCGCUAAACACGAUGGAAGCUCAAGUUCUAGUAUAAAGUCAAAAUUAUCAGAAUUUUUAGCAGAUGCUGCCGAAAGAAUUAUGAUAUUAAAAAUUGUACAUAGAAGAGUUUGUCACAGGUACACUAAGUUAUUAUUGUACAUGGGAUUACCUAUACAUACAGCCAAAGAUCUCAAAGUUAAUGCCUUCUGUAAGAUUGUCAGUGAGUUUUCACUGGAGUAUCGUACAACGAGGGAGAAAGUUAUACAGCAGUUACAGAAACGAGCCAAUCAGAGAGAGCGAAAGAAAACCAGAGGAAAAAUGAUUGUAGAUACUGAUAGAUUUUCUAUGACAAAUCCAAAGGAAACAACACACAAGGAUGAUGAACUACAGAAAAUAUUAUCUAAUGGUUAUGUUAGUUGUGAUGAUAGAGGAUUCCCUGGUCAGAAACACAGAAGUAGACGACCUUUGGACACUCUGAGUAAUAAAAGUUCUCGUGGCUGUGUAACCACAGAUUCUGAGAUGUAUGAUACGGGUGAUGAUGAUUUAUUAGAAGCAUGUGUUCGUACCGCAACGGCAGCACCAACCAGAAGUGCUCCCAGGGAGAGGAAAAGGGCCAAAAAUCACAGAAAAUCCUUGAGAAGGACACUGAAAGGAGAAAUGACAGCUGAAGAAUGGGAAACUGUGGCUUCAUAUUCAGAUGCUGUCUAAGGAAAAGAGAUACAGACCGUGGUGAAGGAGGAAGAGAAUGAAGCUAGCUCUGUCUCAUUGCUGUCAUGGCAACCUGAUGCAAUAUGUACACAAAUGACUACAUCAGUCUUUCAGAUAACAAUGUCCCCAUAUAAUCAUCCAUAGUCCAUAAUCCCAUGACAUAUAAUGUCCGCUCAUUUACAUAUUCAUGAGAUUACGUCUUUUGCAACUGCUGAAAAAUUUAAGUUAUAAAAUGCAAUUUUGUUGCUCUAUUGUAGCUUUAGAUAUUAAAGUUUGGAGUUCUCUUUAUUUACGGGAACAUGUGAUAUUAAUAUUGUAAAGAUUUAACUUAAACCUUUUAUUUCCUGCAAAAGAUAUUUAAAGCAGUGUUUAUUUUAAAAUAUCAAAUUUUAAAAAAGAAAUGAAAAGAAAAGAAAAGAAAUCCAUAACUUAAAAAAAAACACUGUUUCAGAUUGGUGCACAAGAUAAAAUCCAAAAAUGAUCAACCUAAGUGCACCAAAAGGUUUAUGGCAAAGAAAAUCCAAAAAUGAUCAACCUAAGUGCACCAAAAGGUUUAUGGCAAAGAAGUAGAAUUUUACAAAUAGAUCCUUACUUUUAAUUGACAACUUUUAUAUUAGAUUGUUAAAUGAAGAUGUUUUGUUUGAAGUUUCUUUAAGGCUGGCACUUAAAAACAGAAACAAACAUAUAUAGCAAAGUAAAAUUAUUCUAAAAAUGUGUGUUGAUGUUGUAACUUAUAAAUUGAACAUAAUGAUUAUUAACUUAUACAAAAAAAAAUAUUUAGUGCUUUAAUUAUAGAAUGUACAGUUGCUAUAAAAAUGUUAAGAAUUUUUAAUGUUAUAUUUAAUGUGUUCUAUUUGUAUGUACUCUUUUAAUGCAUUUUUGGUUAUGUAAAUUACUAAUGUCCAUUGUAGUAAAUAGCCAAAUUGAUAAGCUUAAUGUUCUUGUGUGGUCUAAACUGAUGGUUUUAAUAAAAGUCUGUUGGAAUAGGCCAUUCCUUCAAUAGCUCUGGUGAUAACCAGCUGGGAGUAUGUGAAGCAGUUUUGUCUUACAAGGCCGUUAGAUCAAACCACAAACUUUUGUCUUCCUAAUAGAAAUCUGUGAUAGUUAAAUGUUUGCUUGUUGUUAAGUAUUUUAAACAAAUAUUUUUAGUGAAAUGAGAUUUCGAAAUUCUGUUUUUAUAAAUGUUACAGAAUGAAUUUUAUUUUAAUUAAUCUACAGUUAAUUGAUGUUUUAGAAGAAAUAUAUUAGCAGAUGACAAUUUUUUUCUUUUAAAUAAAAGAACAAAAUAUAUCAAAAAUAUGAAUAUUAAUCCCUGAAAAAUAGUCAUAAAUGCCACUAAUAACUCGUACAUCUAUAAAAAUAUGAGAUAUACUGUGUAUGAAACAGAUUUCUUUAUUUGAACUUGAAAACAGUUGGUCCAAAAUAAAGUUUUUAGAUAAAAUAAUGUAUGGAGAUCAAAUAAAAUAGGUUAAGAAUUCAAUUAAAAGUUAAUAUCUUGCCAGAAAUUCAUCGCCACCAUGGGAUAGGGAUUUAAUUUGUUUAUGGUGAUUGUUGCAAUAUAUUGUGGAGUUGGUGUAUUAAACUAAAUGUUUUAAUAUUUUACUUGUUAGUUGUUUUUUAUUUGUCUCAUUUCCAUUCUGCACUGUUUUGUUUUUUACAUGUACAUUUUUGAGAAGUUUUUAAUUUAUUUUUGUUUGUUUUACAUAGAAACAUGCUUUCAGUAUUACUCAUGGGAGAUAACUCAUUUUUAGCAGGGAUGUAACUCUUUGUUAGAAGAGAGAUAACUCAUUUUAGCAGGGAGGUAACUCUUUGUUAGAAAUAAAAUAACUCUGACAAUCCAUGGUCAACAGGGUUUUAUGUAGAAUGUGUUCAAAUGUGUAUAAGAUUGGAAUAUGCAGGUUAUCUAAAUUAAAUUAAAUAUUAAAAAUAAUAAUCUUUGAUGAUAUAGAGGGGAUUAAUUGACAAAUUUAUACUACACAAUAAGUUAAUUAUAAAUGAGAUACAAUGUAUUAUAGUUUGAAUAAUAAGCAUAUAUUUCCUAGUCUUUCAGUUUGAUGUUUUAAUCAUCAUUCGUUUUUAAGGAGGUAAAUCCAGAUACAAUCUGUUUACAUGGCAUUUAAAGAGUUGUCUCCACUUUGUCAUUAAAACCUAGUCAAGCCACAAUCCAUGACAUUUGUACAUUUAACAUAUCAUUUCUGACGGAGUGUAACAGUGUGGCUCUAUUUGCUAAAAAUCCUGCCAUAUUUUUGUGAAUUACAUCAUUUUUUUAUAACAAUAUGGAAAAUAGAAUUAAAAUUUUUCUAUAGAA